CCGCUAAUCGUGUCCUAGUGUAAACAUGUAGCUGCUUUGCCAGUUUGAGUCAUGUUGCCUUCCUGUUCUGCUUUUUAGCGGUUUUUGUCAGUUUUGUCAUAAAUCUGCACGACCAUGGCAGUAUUGCAAAUAAUAUUUGUAUCGGGACCAGGGCAGCGUAGUAGCGUUAGCUUGGUGACUAGCUGUCCAGCUAACUAACGUUGUCCUGUUUGUACGAGGCUGGCCUUGCUAACUACAGGGCUAGCCUCAAUCCGACUGCAGCAGUAGCAGCAGCAGCAGCAGCAGCGAAGGGCUUCACUAGACAACAUAUGACAAGAAUGGACGUUAUUUAAAAAGAACAACACACGAAGUGGACAGCAAAAUGAAGACAUGCAGAAGUGUUGGUGCCUCGUCCCAAAUGAAUGGGCAACACGACUGGGACAGCAGGCGAAAGAGGAAAAUAGCGGACAUCACUCAGGCCCUCAGCGUGAGUCCGGUGGAUGUGGCAGCACUAAGGAGAAUGGCUAUAAGUGAAGGAGGACUGCUGACUGAUGAGAUCCGCUGUCAAGUGUGGCCUCGCCUACUCAACGUCCCCUCUCAGGUCCUGGAUCAGGAGCCAGAGACGGUGGAGCGAGAGAAUAACAAGGAUUACAACCAGGUCCUGCUGGACGUCCAGCGUUCAUUGCGGAGGUUUCCACCAGGUAUGCCAGAUGAACAAAGAGAGGGUCUCCAAGAAGAACUAAUUGACAUCAUCCUCAGAGUUCUGAAACGUAAUCCCCAGCUGCACUAUUAUCAGGGCUACCAUGACAUUGUUGUCACCUUCUUAUUGGUCCUGGGAGAGCGUCUUGCAACUGCUCUAGUGGAAAAGCUCUCCACACAUCACCUCAGGGACUUCAUGGAUCCCACAAUGGACAACACAAAACAUAUUCUGAACUAUUUGAUGCCCAUCAUUGAGAGGGUUAACCCAGAGGUCCAUGACUUCAUGCAACAGGCUGAAGUGGGUACAGUCUUUGCUCUCAGUUGGCUGAUCACCUGGUUUGGCCACGUCCUGUCAGACUUUCGCCACGUCGUCCGGUUGUAUGACUUCUUCUUGGCCUGCCAUCCUCUGAUGCCUAUCUACUUUGCUGCUGUGAUAGUGCUGUACAGAGAGGAGGAGGUGUUGGAGUGUGAAUGCGACAUGGCCAUGGUUCAUCAUCUGCUCUCUCAGAUUCCCCAGGACCUGCCGUACGAGACACUCAUCAGCCGAGCAGGAGACCUUUUUGUUCAGUUUCCUCCCUCUGAACUAGCUAAAGAAGCCUCCUCGCAUGAAAGCGUGGCGGCCUCUACAUUUAAGGACUUUGAUCUUGCAUCCACGCAACAGCGCCCAGACUCAGUUCUCCGUCGCAGGCGUAAACAAAAACAGGCAGCGCUGGAGAGCUCCGCAGCCACCUCAGUUGUAGCAGUGGCUCGGCCUUCGGCAGCACGGAGGUUGGUUCGAUUGGCUGUCAUGGGUCUGACAGUGGCUUUAGGGGCAGCAGCUCUCGCCGUGGUCAACACUGCCCUGGAGUGGGCUCCUAAACUAGACCUGUUUCCCUGAACUGAUCAUUUUCACUCCUGCUCGACUUAUCUGUCCCUGAGUGCUUUUAAUCUACUUGGUGGGUCUGUCGUCAAGAACCCUUUAAUGAACUAAACCACAGACCCUGCAGUUGGUAACAACAUCUGGAGUGUACUCUCCAGGUAACGCUCCUCUUCCAUCUACUAGGAUGUGAGCAUCUUACUCAGUGAAGAGAGACCUUUGUGUGGCUCCAGGUGUGCAGGAAGGAGUACAAGUUCUAACAGCUGCUGUCCUGUAUUGAAGAAUGCACCCUUUUGUAAUGAGACACACUGUAACUCUUAAGAACUAUUAUUGAUGGUGUCAUUAUUAUAGUUAAUUUAUAUUUGGUAUUAGGAUAGUCUGGUAUUGAGUUAUGCUCACAUAGAUUAAUACUGAACGCUUGGUGGACUCACCGCACUUGUAACUGCUGCCAAUUAAGAGAAGUGAUAUGCGUGUGUGCGUGUGGUUGCACCCUGUUUGUUAUAUAUUUGAUACCUGGAUGAGACCAAAUAGAGGAUUGAUGAAAUCCUCUCUUUGUAUAAUUUACUGUUUAUUAAUGUGUAGGUAUGUCACAAGCUGCAUACACAUGCUUCUUUGUCACACAGGCACUUUUUAUUCACCAUUUUAUUGUUUUUAAUUUAAUUUGACACCCUUGACUACACUUUUUAUUUUUCGCUGGGGUCAACUAAUAUAAGUAAAACUUAAAUCUGCAGAUUAGGUCCCAGAUUGGAGUGAAGGGUUUACAGUCCUGGAACUAAAAAGAUGGAAACUACAACACUCGAGUGGUUUACAAGAGCUUUCCCCUGUCACUCGAAUUUCUUUGGGAGACGAUGAUGAAAUCUUUCCUCAUAACUCAGCAACACACUCACUAAAUGUGGUGUAGCAUUUGAUCACAGCUGCAAAAAAGCCAGUAAAAUAAGUUGGAAUGGCAGAGUGGGUGACCCAGUUUUUGCUCACUGCUUUGAUUUUGCAAUAUCACUUUAAAAUUGGUUUGGCAGGCACUGUGCUCACUCCUACUGCAAAAGGGCACUCCUGUCAGGAAAAAAAGAAUCCCUCUUUAAAUUACUACUGUUCACCAUAUUUUGCUUUAAAAUAGAUUUCUGAUUUGAGCUCAUGCCAUAAAUCAAACUUGACUGUUUAGAGUGUAGAGUGGACAGCGUUAGCAUUUCAGAGACGGUCCAGCCCAUUUCAAUGUUCAAGUCAUUUUCAUUUGAUAUUUUAAUUUUAAAUAAUGCACGCCACUCGUCUGAAUACAAUGUCUGAACAUAAGAUAUUAGUAUAUUAUUGUGACCAUUCAUCAUAUAGUUCAUCGUACUAUAAUUGAGGUGGUUCCUGAAGAUUUUGUCUACUGUUUGAACCGACAUGUUCAGGCUUAAAGGUCCAGUGUGUAAGAUUUAGGCGAAAUUAUUUCCAUAUUUUGGGGGGGGGGGGUUGUGAGUGUAAAAUUACCUGAAUGUAUUGUUGUCAUUGCCACAGAAUGAGCCUUUUAUAUUAACAUCAGGAGUGGGCCACCAUUUUUCGAAUGGCCAAAUGAAACCCCUUCUGAGUUCUAAUGCUAACUGAAGGCUAAUUCUCCUAUUAUGCUUGAAGAGCAGGGGUGUGCGGUGAGAGCUAUUCAGCUGCAACAUGCAACUUCACCAAUAGAUGGUGCUAAAUCCUACACACUACCUUCAAAUAAGAUGUAGUCACCUGCACUGGAUAGCACAAAAACCAGUCGACUGAAAACACACUAGACCUAUGUAAGUCACAUUUGGGGGCGGUCUUUUUUUUUUCAUUUUAUUGCGUUGUCGUGAACUGCUGAGUCAGUUGGUGAAAGCUCUACAAACUGACUGAAACGAAAGUGACCUGGAACAUGACCGUAGAUGCUCUGAGGUGCCUGAUAAAACGGCUGCUCGGCAGUGUUGCAACAUGGAUCUUCACUCAGUGGUUUUCACACAAUUUCAUUGCACUAAAUUAUUUAUCUACCUUUUAUGGGUUUGUUUUUUUUUGUCAUACAAAUGUUAAGUUGUACAGCAGACUGCCAAUAAACGUAAGUGACAGUG